AUGACUAAACUUAAUUCAAACCGACCACUCCUUCUUCCCCUCCCUCCGUCCGAUCCAACUCUCACAACUUUCUUCGACAAACAUGCCUCUUUGUUGAAAUUGGAAAGAGAUACAGAAGAAGAACAAACCAAGUUGUUAAAUUCUAAUUGUCCUCCUACUUUAUUGGAAAGACGUGGUUUGGCUUUGGGUGGUUUGGGUGUUAAGGGUGUUAAUACCGGUUUAGGAGGGAAGACAUUGAUGCAGCUUUGUAGACCAUCUGCAUAUCAUACGGAUCUCAAAUUACCUACUCAUACUUUCCGCGCAAAGAUGAAGCAAAAAGAUAAAGACGAGGGCAGCGUAGAAGGGAUAGUAUAUCGCGUGACUGGCGAAACAGUUACGAUAGCUGUGGACGGUACCAAGGAAAUUGAUCUCCCUGAGCGUCUACGUUUAUUGAAGCUGGCAAACUCGGUGACUUUUGAUCGUAUGGACAAAACUCUUGAAAGAUUGCGCAAACUCGUACUCCCCUCACAAGGAGAAUCACCGACGAAUGCGUUCAACAUGUCUCUGAUCAACUGUUUGUUGGGUAAACAACAACCUACCUGGCUGGACGAGAUACCUCCUCGACUAGAUCAAGAGACAAAACAAGAAGAAUUGAUGUUUUUCGGUGAGAAAUUGAAUGAGGUACAGAAAGAGGCUAUUCGGUUCUGUUUGAAAGCCGAAUAUGUCGCUUGUAUACACGGACCACCAGGUACUGGCAAAACACACACAUUAGUCGAACUAAUCUUCCACCUCCUGUCUCGACCCGCCUCCCCUUCUUCCUCCCUACCUCCACGUAUCUUAGUUACGACACCCUCCAAUCUCGCCCUUGACAACCUUCUCUUACGACUUCACGCUCUGGCACAACACCCACCAUAUUCUUCUGUCCUCCCUCGAGGAUCGAUCUUGCGUAUAGGUCAUCCCACGAGAGUACAUCGAGAUUUAGUUUCUGAAACACUGGAUUAUCGCGCUGCGAAUGGAGAGGAUGGGUCGUUGUUGAGAGACAUCGGGAAAGAGCUGGAUGGACAUCUGGGAGAUUUGGCGAGGAAAAAAGGUGAAAGAGGGGCUGUCAAGGGGAAAGAGAGGGGAAAGAAAUGGGAAGAGAUUAGAGAGUUGAGGAAAGAAUAUCGUCAAAGAGAAGGCAAAGUGGUCACCAACGUAGUCAACAGAGCUAUGGUCGUCCUUGCCACAUGUCACUCUGCCGGAUCUCGUCAAUUAGCCAAUACGAUCUUUGAUGUUUGUAUAAUCGAUGAAGCUACUCAAGCCGUUGAGGCUGUAUGUUGGGUACCCAUCUUGAAAUCGAAGAAAGUGAUUCUUGCUGGUGAUCCACAGCAGCUUCGCCCGACCAUCAUGAGUAAACCCGGCAAGACCGUUAAACAACCCAUCAUCGCCCCGUCCCCCGAAGAAAUCGCCACUAUCUCCACCGAACUGACGAAGGUCGAUAUCGCCCGUCCUACUCUCACACCGCCCCGCACACUCGAAACAACUCUCUUCGACCGACUCGAAAGACUUUAUGGUCCCGGUAUCAAGCAAGUCCUUCAGGUGCAAUAUCGCAUGAACGCCCAUAUCGCUUCUUUUCCCUCUUCGGCAUUGUACGAGGGUAAACUCGUUGCUGAUCAAUCUGUGGCCUUGCAUACUUUACUUGAUCUCCCCGAUGUGAAGGCUGAUGAGCCGGACGCAAAGGAGACUCUGGGGGAGACCGUGGUGUUUUUCGACACUGCCGGUUGUGAGUAUUAUGAGAAAGAUGAAGGGGGCGAUAAUGGGUUGGGAGAAGGGAGUAAGAUGAAUGAGAAUGAAGCUGUUGUGGUAGAUAAGUGGGCUAGGAGAUUGAUCGCAUCGGGAAUUUCCCCCGCGGAUAUUGGUAUCAUAACGCCUUAUCAAGCUCAAGUCUCUUUACUCUCUUCUAUGCUCAGAGAUGACUUUCCUGAAAUGACUAUUGGAACAGUGGACGGUUUACAAGGCCAAGAAAGAGAGGUGAUCAUACUUUCCUUAGUGAGGUCAAACUCUACUGGUGAAGUAGGGUUUUUGGGAGAGUACAGGAGAUUGAAUGUCGCCAUGACUCGAGCAAAACGUCAACUUUGUGUGGUAGGAGAUAGCGACACUGUCGGUAAAGGCAGCAAGUAUCUUAAAUCGUGGAUGACGUGGCUGGAAGCCAACGCCGAUGUGAGGUACGCAGGCGACGAGAUGUGA